AUGUCAUCCUUCAUCGUCAAGCUUUGGGAGGACAUUUUUACCCCAGGCCCGACGCCCACCAUCCUCAAGGCCGCGAAUGCCUCCUUUGCCGCUCUUCAAACCGUACUAUUCUGUCUCCUACUUGCGACAUACAAUAUCCACUGCGUCAUUCUUUCCAUCCUCUGUGGCGGCUUGUGGUGGAGCGUCAACUGGUUUGCCGCCGAGCUUGCCAUCGCCCAACGAGAGCAGCGUGAAAAGGAGGAGAAAGAGAAGCAACAACAAAAAGAGGUGUCGGGUCGCGAUGGCGAAGACAGCGAGACAGAGGUCGAGACGACUGUCCCGAGCAAGCCGUCUCCCGUUGCCGCGACAACCUCUGCCGUUGCUGUAGCUGCUGCUGGAGUCGAGUCUCUUCAGUCAAAGGGCGAAGUGAAGCAACGUUCUGGGGCUACGGGCACACAAUCAAGUGUUAGUACGGAGGACGAGUGGGAGAAGGUAUCCGAAGCUGAGAAUGAGAAGGACAAAUAG